UUGCUAGAUAACUUGUUUACAGACAAACAAACAUUAAAAUGCUUUGUCAUCUUUGGGCUGAUCAGCUGGACCUAUCUAUUGCCAUCUAACGGUGAGAAGUCAAUCCUGCAUCUACUGUGUAUUUUUGUACCAACCAUUGAGAACUAAUACGUGCACCCACUGCAUUCUACUCUUAUGGAGGUUAGAAAUGAAUUUAGUAGCAUUAAAAACAUGUGCAUGUGUGCAAAGGUAUAUUACACUACAGCUUGCUUCCAAGAACUAAGGAAAUUCAUAUUUUUUUAGGAAUAUUAACCACUAAAUUAAAAUAUCAAAUGAAACUAAAAAUACCUUCUCUCCUUGAGAAUGGUCCUUAACACUAGUUUUAAAUUUCUACAACCCCUACAACAACCUGCAACGUACAAGUUCCUAUAAAAAACGCUUUAAAUUAUUUAUGUACAGUUAACCCACAAUGGGGGGUGGAUCAAUACGUCACAGGGGCCACGGUCUCUUCCACUGUUUUCGGUGCGCUUCCGAAACAGAGCACUAGGGGCGCUGUACUCAUACAAAGUGUCAGCGAUUCUAAAUCUCAACUAUAAUUGAAAUGUAGGGAUGGUUAAUUUUCUUCUUUAAAAAAAUGUUUUAUUAUUUAGUUUUAAGGGUAAAGAGUCCAUUGUCCGAUUAAUACUCCAGAGCAGAGGGUAUUAUAUGGAUGCCAACCGCCGUUAAAAAAAGAAGAAGAAGAACAUCUCAACUCCGCCCCCGAGUUCCACUUCCGGUGGCAUUUGUCCAACAUGGCUGCCUCCAUGGCGAGUAGCUGCUGUCAUUUAUCGCGGCAUGGAGCGUGUAUUCUGCGCGGACGAACGAGCCUUCGCCUCGUGCUCGGCUCUAAACUGCACUGUUCUUCGCCGGCACACAACGGACUGCUCUAUUCUCUGAAUAAACGCGGUAUUCUGAAGGAGUCUUUCCCAGAAGACGCCGCGCAGGACCGGCUCCCGCGGCUGCUCCAGUCCGGCGCUCAGACCGCCUACUGCGGGUUCGACCCCACGGCCGACAGCCUCCACGUGGGCAACCUGCUCCCGAUCGUCGGCCUGCUGCACUUCCGGAGCGCGGGGCACCACGUCCUCGCGGUGCUCGGAGGGGCCACGGCGCGGAUCGGGGACCCGAGCGGGAAGACGAGCGAGCGCGAGCCGCUGUCGGCGGAAUCGGUGGAGGCGAACACCCGCAGCCUCCGGGAGAGCAUCCAGAGGAUUUUCGCCAACCACGAGUUGCACAUGCGGGACGGCUCCACAAAAAUGGGCACGGUGACCGUGCUGAACAACCUGAGCUGGUACAAGAACUGGGGGGCGGUGGACUUCCUGGCGGAGGCCGGACGUCACUUCCGGAUGGGCACCAUGCUCAGCCGCCACAGCGUGCAGUCCCGGCUGAAGAGCGCAGACGGCAUGAGCCUCGCCGAGUUCACCUACCAGGUGUUCCAGGCGUACGACUUCCACCACCUGAACCAGAUAUACGGCUGCAAGAUUCAGCUCGGAGGCACCGACCAGCUGGGCAAUUUGAUGUCUGGCCACGAGUACAUUCACAAAGUGAGCGGGGAGGAGGUGUACGGCCUCACCGUCCCGCUGGUGACCAGCUCCACCGGGGACAAGCUGGGGAAGACGGCCGGCAACGCGGUGUGGCUCAACAGAGACAAGACGUCUCCCUUUGAGCUCUACCAGUUCUUCCUCAGGCAGCCCGACGCCAGUGUGGAAAGGUACCUGAAGCUGUUCACCUUCCUGCCUCUGGCGGAGGUGGAGCGGCUGAUGGAGCAGCAGAGGGAGGAGCCGGGUAAACGCCUCGCUCAUAAACGGCUGGCCGCAGAGGUGACCAAACUGGUGCACGGCAAGGAGGGCUUCGAGAGCGCAAAGAGAUGUACCUACGCGCUGUACCACGACAGCGUGCAGGCCUUGGAGGAAAUGAGUGACGAUGAGCUCCAGGAGCUCUUCAGGGAGGCGCCCUUCCACGAGCUGAUGCUGGAGCCGGGCACCACCGUGAUCGACGCCUGCCGCCGGGUCAACGCCAUCCCAGUGGGACCCAGAGGGUAUCAGAUGGUUUCAGAUGGCGCCGUGUGGAUCAACCACAGGCGGACGGACAACCCCGAGCAGCUGCUCAUCCCCAAACUGCACAUCCUGUCUAAUGGACUCUCGUUGCUCCGAGUGGGCAAGAAGAACUUCCACAUCAUCAAGUGGCUCUCUCUCUGAGGCCGUGUGUUCUCGCUAAGUGGACCAGUACGACCGGUGCUGGCCCGGCCGGAAAGGUAGGUCACCGGCAGCGUCGGCGAGGAGGCGGGGUUGGACUGACUUUUUUUUGUUGUGUGUUUUUGGCGUCGCGAUUGCCUGUGGUUGUCGAAUAUAAAUAUGUAAAUGUACAGAUGUGACGUUUAUCCAAAGCUGUGGUAUUAAAAGGCGCUUGAUAUACA